UCGCAAACCUUCACUCUCAAUCUCUCUCUUAUCCAUCAUGUCUAACUGUUACUUCGACAUCACCAUCAACGACAAAUCCUCUGGGCGCAUCGUCUUCAAGCUCUAUGAUGACGUUGUACCGAAGACCGCGAAGAAUUUCCGCGAGUUGUGUACCGGUCAACAUGGUUUUGGAUAUGCUGGCUCUGCCUUCCAUCGCGUAAUUCCCCAAUUCAUGCUUCAGGGUGGCGACUUCACCAAGGGAAACGGAACUGGUGGCAAGUCCAUCUAUGGCGAGAAGUUUGCUGAUGAAAACUUCAAACUCAAGCACACUAAGCCUGGACUUCUGUCCAUGGCAAACGCCGGCAAGAACACCAACGGCUCGCAGUUCUUCAUCACCACCGUUGUCACUAGCUGGCUCGACGGUGCUCACGUAGUGUUCGGUGAGGUCGUGGAGGGACUGGAUAUCGUGAAGGCUAUCGAGAAGCUUGGGAGUGCAUCUGGCAAGACCUCGGCGACCGUCAAGAUCAGCGCUAGCGGUACGGUGUAAGACAUGUGACUAAUGCAGAGAGGUCCGAAGGAAGAAGAAAUUGUGUUCGUCACGAAUAACUUGUAUGUUUUGAGAUUAUAGAUGCUAGCAGCUUCCCGCGGCUUUGUCACUCAGGUCGUUGGAUCUACUGUUUGGUCUGUGUGAAGGAUAAUUGUGUCCGAUACCGGACAUAGUGGAAUGAUUUAAAUAUGCAAUUGACUCAGUGUCACUACGCUGGUGCCUAUUGCACUACUGCAGUACUGACAUGCCACACUUAUUUUUUGAUGUGUUUGCGCAAAAAAAAGAAUAUUAUACUUAGAGAUCUUGAAAAUAUGCUUGUCCAAUCACCG